UUUUGAAUAUAUGCAGCUCUAAAAAUACCUCAGUGUCCUUGUGAUGAGGAUGGGUGUGUCCUGCUGGAUGCUGAGAGUCUAAAACCUUUACAGUCAGUUACUUCUGGAAUCGUUCUGGGGCAUUAAAGCAGCAGUGAGCCAACGCUGACUGAGAUUGCAUGGAUACUUUGUCCUCGUGCUUUGUGGAGGAAACAAGAGAAGAAGAGGAUGAAGAGGAAAAAAAAGAUGAUUCCCAAAUAGAGGAAUUGGCUUUUGGGAAGCCACAAAAGCCAUCCAUUUGGGCUCCAUGUGUCUACUACAGACCGGGAAGGGAGGUGUACAGCUACGUAGGUCAUAAGAUCGUCAUUGAGGAGGGCCUGGACUCGUAUGCAGGCAUGAUAUGGCCUGCGGCUCUGGCCCUCUGCCAUUACCUGGACACGCACCAGGACCAGUGGAGUCUUGUGGACAAAGCCGUUUUGGAGAUUGGAACAGGAACUGGACUUGUGUCUAUUGUAGCAGCACUCCUCGGUGGCUGGGUCACAGCAACAGACCUCCCAGAUGUCCUAAACAACACGAGGGCCAACUUGAGCAGGAACACCAGGGGCCGCUGCAGACACACUCCCCAGGUGGCUGCUCUGUCCUGGGGCUACGAACUGGAGAACACCUACCCUCCAUCCAUCUACAGGUACGACUACGUGUUAGCCGCCGACGUGGUCUACCAUCACGCCUUCCUGGAUGAGCUCCUGGUCACCAUGAAGCAUUUCUGCAAACCUGGAACAACUCUGAUCUGGGCCAACAGGGUCAGGUUUGAGUCUGAUCUGGUGUUCACGGACAACUUUCACAAGGCCUUUCACUCAAAUUUGCUGCUUGAAGAUGGAGAGAUGAAGAUCUACGCGGCGACUAGUAGAGAAGGAGAAAGAGAAAAGCAUGAGGAUAUGGAGAUUCAUGGGGAGGAGAAACGGGUAACAGAUGAGGAUGAGAGCAGUGAAGGAAAGAAGGAGUGCAAAGAAAAACUUGACUGUGCCAAACAGGAAGUUACAAAAGAAGAAGGAGGAGAUGAGGAGGAAGAAAGCAGUGAUGAGGAGGAAGAGUCAGGGGAGACUUUGUCACCUAGAGAGGAUGAUGAGCCAAAGAACAAAGAUUUGAUGAAUGAUCAUGCUCCAGAGCCAGAGGUUACGGAGCAGAGACCUGUGCAACAGAGCUGGGUCCCCAGGAUCAUUUGCAGAGCUUCUAAAGACAUCUACCACUACGCAGGAGAAGACAUCGUCAUUUAUGAAUCCAUAGAUUCAUACGGAGGAAUGAUGUGGCCAGCUGCGCUGGCUUUGUGCUCCUUCCUGGAGGACAACAGAAACACAGUCAACCUGCAAGGAAAGGAGGUGCUGGAGCUGGGAGCAGGAACUGGACUGGUGACUGUCGUGGCUAGCCUACUAGGAGCUUCAGUCACAGCAACUGACCUCCCAGAGAUUUUGGGUAACCUCAGGGCCAACGUGAUGAGGAACACCAGGGGCCGCUGCAGACACACUCCCCAGGUGGCUGCUCUUUCCUGGGGCUACGACCUGGAGAACACCUACCCUCCAUCCAUCUACAGGUACGACUACGUGUUAGCCGCCGACGUGGUCUACCAUCACGCCUUCCUGGAUGAGCUCCUGGUCACCAUGAAGCAUUUCUGCAAACCUGGAACAACUCUGAUCUGGGCCAACAGGGUCAGGUUUGAGUCUGAUCUGGUGUUCACGGACAACUUUCACAAGGCCUUUCACUCAAGCUUGCUUCUUGAAGAUGGAGAGAUGAAGAUCUACGCGGCGACUAGUAGAGAAGGAGAGGAUGUUGACAAGAACAAACUCAACAGGAUCAAGGCUUAAAACUGUUAAACAUCUAAAAGUGGAUUAUCUGUGACGACUGAUGUCUUAUAACGCUUCAUUCUUGGUCAGUAGGACUUGGAUGAACAAAGAUUCUGGUUACGAAUAAUUUAUUUCCAAAAAUCAAGGAACCGUUUGGGUUAUUUUUGGAUACACAGCUUCUCUUUAACCUCAAUGAGAAACUUUUAAAUAUUCAGAUCAAUGAACUUUAUUACAGCAGGAGGGAUGAGCAUACAUGCAGCAUGCAUCCUGCAACUCUCAGCAGAACUUCCCUGAACUCUACACUACACCUCUCUCUCUCUCUCUCUCUCUCUCUCUCUCUCUCUCUCUAUAUAUAUAUAUAUAUAUAUAUAUAUAUAUAUAUAAAUUAGCAGUGCUCUGUUGCCGCCUAGUGUUCAGUUCAGUACACAUUUACAAUGUUCCAUGUGCAUUCAACAAUAACAAACAUACCAAUAUUUCCCUACAAAUCCCACAGUGGUUACCUUUAUGAGACAAAAAAUCAGAGCUUGUGGUUACAGAAAUAUUCUCAUUAGUGUGGGUAUGUUGUCUGUGCCUCACUAAAAUAUUUUUUAAUAAUUAAAAUUGCUUGGGUGCGAAUUGUCUUGAAAUGAUUAAAUGUGAUUAAUCAAGAUUGAUUAUUACACAGCCCCUAGUUAACUAGAUACAUGUUUUAAUCGAGUCCCACCCUUAAUUAGAAGUGUUGGUAUGUGUCUGAUCCCAAUGAGAGAAAAAUCCACAAUUUAUGCACCCAAUUCUUGUUUGUAGAAAUCACUGAAGUUGCAUGUUGUUUAGUCGUCUCUGGAAAAGGAGCAUCUCAAAUAAAUCCAUCAGAACUAG